AUUUCUAUUGAACAACUACUGCAUAGCUAUAAAAUAAUUUUCAAAAAUUAAUGUCUCUUCCUAACAAUACUGUUUCUGUUACAGAGAAGAUAAAAUAUGCAAUUAAUAGUACUACAUUAACUCCUGUUGGUACCAGAGGACCUCGAUACCAAAUCAACCUCGAUACCAAAUCAACCUCGAUACCAAAUUAACCUCGAUACCAAUUCAACCUCGAUACCAUAAUCUAGAAUCUUGAGAGUUUCAAAUGGUUCUAUCAACUACUACACCUAAGCUGGUCAGAAAACCUAAAGUAACUAACAAUUUGAUCGUUAUAAUUAUAGCGGUAACAGUCAUUCUUAUAUUUAUAUUUGUAACAGUUCUAUUGGUGGUUCGUAAAAGAAGAUUAAAAAGAAAAAGCUUGGUAUUGCUUGCUCGAUUUCAAAGAGAAGCUUCGCAAAUUCAACUGAUUAAUCAAGGAUCACUUCAAUCUUCUAUUUAUUUUGUCAGAAAUUUCGACGACAGCGCUUAUGUUGAUCCGAGCAUCUGCAGUAAAAAGAGAUAUGAAACGAAAACUGCAAAUGAUCCAAAUGUUUUACGAAAAGUGAGUAAUAGCAUAAAUAAUAUUGAUCCACACAAAAAGAAUACGAACAAUCCUGAUUAUGUAGAACCAAAUGUUCAUUUAAACAAUGAAUCUAAUGAAAAGAAAAAUCCAAACUAUGAAUACCCAUUAGUUAGUCAGCUUACAAUUAAAAAAAAGCCAGAAAAUAAUGAAUACGAAAGCUGUGGACAGGUUCAAUCAUCGAACCAUGAAUACGUAGACAUAAUAGGAGGAACAGGCGAAAAGUUUCAUUAUUACACCGAUCCAGAAGUUGCGCUUCAAAGUUACAAAAAAAAGAAGCAAUCGGAGUAUACAAAAACUGACUCUAAAAACUCAAACGAAGCUACCAACACCGGUUACGCAAAACUUUUAGUUAGUGAACGGCCAUUGUCUGUAGAUGUUAAUAAAACAAUCGAAUCCGAUAAUAAAAUUGAAUCUAAGAGUCAAUAUACAUCUUUAGAAUUAGGUUCGCAUGUUGUAUUAAAUGAUAGCAACUCCAAUGCCGUUCAUGGCAAUUCAACCGUUUAUCCUGCAGGCUAUGCCCGCUUAUUUUUAGUAAACAGUAAAACAUCUACAGAUGUGUCACCGAAUUAUUUUCAGCUGGAACCAGACGCAAUUGAUGAAACCACUCUAGAAGAAAUAGCUAUUUAAUUAUGUUAAUUAUGUCAGACAAAAUAUUUAAUUAUGUUAAUUAUGUCAGACAAAAUGGCUCGCAAUAUUUAGUUAUGUUAAGCCAUUUAGAAAAAAUGUCUAACAAUAUUUAGUGUACAGAAAUUUAGUUAAGUUAAUUAACUAAUAGUUAAAAUUUAAAUAUUCUCUAUUUUAUAUUUUUCAUUUGUUGUAAUAUAAACGCAAAAAUAUUUUUAAAGACCUAUUUAUACUAUUAGAGAUUUUGUUUUUAUUCUAUCUUUAUUUGACUUGUAAUUUGUAUCGUUACUUAUAAUACAAGUCAAGUUGUAAUACAAGUCAAUCAACGAUACAACUUGUAUCGUUGAUUGAUUUGACUUGUAUUGUUAUUUGUCUUGUAUAGUUACUUCACGUGUAGCUUGUGUCUUUAUUUGAAUUAACUUGUAUUGUUUUUAACUUUUUUUGCUAUAUUUUUUAAAACAA